AUGGCAGUAUCCAUAGGAAAAAUUGAGUGUUUUGAUAACACAAGUGAGACUUGGCAAAAUUACGAAGAACGUCUCAGACAGUAUUUCAUAGCCAACGGUGUGAAAGACGAGAAAAAGGUGCCUGCGUUACUAGCACUAAUUGGACCUACCACUUAUGCCGUGCUUCAUGACUUAACCUCACCAACUGUACCAAGUGAAAAGACUUACAAUGAGCUUACUACGUUAUUGCAGACACAUUUCAAACCAAAGCCGUUGACAAUUGCGGAAAGAUUUCGGUUCUAUAAGCGUGAUCAACGUGCAGGCGAAUCAGUUCAAGACUUUAACAUAAAUUUACGUAAAUUGUCACAACAUUGUAACUUUGGCGAUGGGCUAAAUGAAGCUUUAAGAGAUAGAUUCGUUUGCGGGUUAAGAAAUGAAAACAUACAAAAGAAACUUCUCAGUGAGAAAGAUCUAACAUAUGAAAAAAGCAUUGAAAUCGCAACUACAAUGGAACUUGCAAGCAGAGAUGUCAAUGAAGUUCAUGGCAAGGCUAUAAGUGUAGAUAAAGUAUCUGCUUCUAAUAAAUUUCCUAAGAAAAAUUUUCAGAAAGGAAAUAAAGACAAACAAUUCAAACCCCCAAUCAAUAAACCAAAGGGACAUAUAGCUCCAGCAUGUAAAAGUGUAAAAGGCAAAAGCAAAGCCCAGGUGCAUCAAAUGUCGGAUGAAGAGGUCGAGGAUGAAGAAGUUUCGCUUUUUAACGUUCGUUCAAAUACAAACGGAAGAGAUAUAAUUUGGGUUACACCAGUUAUUGAAGGUAAACAAAUCCGCAUGGAGCUUGAUACGGGUUCGGGCGUGUCCAUUAUAAAUUCAGAAGAUUUUGCAAAAUUAUGGCCAAACGCUAAGUUACAAAAGACAAGUCUGAAAUUACAGUCUUAUACAGGGGAGAUAAUAAGACCCCUUGGAGUGAUAAGCGUUAAAGUUGAACUUAACGGACAAAGUGAGGACUUGAACCUUUACGUUGUUGAAAAAGGAAAUAGACCAAUUUUAGGUAGAGAAUGGCUUCACUUUCUUAAGUUGAAUUGGGCAGAGAUCAAAGCUCUCCAGUAUGUUUCGAGUAAAAGUUUGGAUUCAUCGGAGGUGGAAAAUCUCAUGAAGGCUCGUUACGGUGAAAUAUUUCAAGACAAUUUAGGACAUGUGAAAAAUGUAAAAGCAAAGCUUAGACUAAAGAAAGAUGCAACACCGCGUUUCCAUAAAGCUAGGCCUGUACCACUAGCCUUGAAACCUAAAAUUGAAAAAGAAUUAGAAACACUGUUGGAAGCAGGUGUGCUAGAAAAGGUAGACUACAGUGAGUGGGCUACACCAAUAGUCCCCGUCCCGAAAAGCAGUGGUGAGAUCAGAAUUUGUGGGGAUUUCAAAGUAACAGUAAACCCGUUAUUAGAAAUUGAUCAGUAUCCGUUACCGCGAAUAGAAGAUAUAUUCGCUUCCAUAGGUGCUGGGAAGAAAUUUUCGAAAAUUGACCUGAAAAAUGCAUAUCUUCAAGUCGAAGUCGAUGAAGAAAGUAAAAAACUUCUUACGAUUAAUACACAUAAGGGCUUGUUUAGGUAUAAUCGUUUAGUGUUCGGGGUGGCACCUGCAGCAGCAAUUUUCCAACGUUUGAUAGAGCAGAUUGUUAGCGGUAUACCAGGAGUGCAAGUAAUAUUGGACGAUAUGAUUGUGACAGGAGCCACAGACGAGGAACAUUUAGCAAACCUUGAACAAGCUCUGAAACGUUUACAGGAUAAUGGCUUCAGAUUGAAUGUAAAAAAAUGUGCUUUCUUCCAGGAAGAAAUAGAAUUCUGUGGACACAAAAUAGAUGGUAAUGGUCUACAUAAAACAGAAGAUAAAAUUAAAGCAAUGGUAAAUGCCCCAAAUCCUACAAACGUGAAAGAACUGCGCUCUUUUCUGGGUUUGAUCCAAUAUUAUGCGAAAUUUCUUCCAGAUCUAGCGACUAUCUUACAUCCCCUACAUAAACUUUUAGCAAAAGAUGCGAAGUGGGAUUGGACACCGUCAUGUGAGAACGCAGUGAUGCAAGUUAAAGAAAUGAUUGCUUCAGAUUGUGUACUUAUGAACUAUAAUCCUGAGUUACCAGUGCUGUUGGCAUGUGAUUCAAGUUCAUAUGGGAUCGGAGCAGUUUUAAGCCACAAGUUGCCAGACGGUUCUGAUAGACCUAUAGCUUUCGCGUCUAGAAGCUUAAACAGUGCAGAAAAGAACUAUAGCCAAAUUGAUAAAGAGGCACUAGCAUUGGUUUGGGGUGUAAAAAAGUUCAAUGUUCACCUAUACGGGCGAAAAUUCACAUUGGUUUCUGACCACCGACCUUUGACAUCGAUUUUUAACCCGUGUAAGGCAGUGAGUAGCACUACGGCUAGUAGAUUACAGAGAUACGCUAUAUUUUUAGCCGGGUACCAAUAUGACAUACAAUUCAAAGGAACAAAAGCACACGGAAAUUGUGACGCAUUGUCAAGGUUACCAUUAAGUGGAAGGGUGUCCGAAAACUCUGAUCCAACGGACGUAUAUUUACACAGUGUAAUGGAUACACUUCCUGUUACAGCUAUACAGAUAGCCAAUGCUACGCGUAGGGACAAAAUCCUAUCACAAGUGUACGAUAUGGUGCAACAUGGGUGGAGUAGAUAUAAACCUGAUUCUGUUUCGCCUGAAAUUGAACCCUAUUGGAACAGACGAAAUGAAUUGUCUCUACAUCAGGGAUGUUUAAUGUGGGGCUGUAGAGUAGUGGUACCGGAGGCCCUACAACAGAAUGUUCUUGAAGAAGUUCACUCCGGACAUCUUGGUCUAGUCAAAAUGAAAUCUAUCGCUCGCAGCUAUAUUUGGUGGCCAAACAUAGAUCAGGACUUGGCUACCCUAGUUAAAUCAUGUAACGGUUGUAUGCGGAACAAAUCAAGUGCACCUGAAGCUCCUAUUCAUCCGUGGGAAUUUCCAACAAGACCCUGGAGUCGCAUACAUGUGGACUUUGCCGGUCCUUUUCUCGGACACAUGUUUUUUGUUGCCGUGGAUGCUUAUUCUAAGUGGCCUGUUGUGAAAAUUAUGAAUUCGACUACAGCUACUCAUACAAUUGAAGUCCUCCGUGCUAUUUUCGCAGAUUGUGGAAUUUGUGACCAAAUUGUCUGUGACAACGGACCUCAGUUUGUAAGCGAAGAGUUCCGUACAUUUUUACAGAAGAAUGGUGUCAAAGUUACGUAUAGUGCACCGUACCAUCCGAAGACAAACGGCUUGGCCGAGCGGUUUGUACAGACAAUGAAACAGGCAUUGAAAGCCGCGAAACAUGAUCAAGGCACAGUUCAAACCAAACUCUCAAGAUUCUUAUUGGCUUACAGGAAUGCAGAACACCAAACUACUAAAGUCAGUCCAGCCAGUCUAUUCUAUGGACGUAACUUACCAACUAGACUGGAGAAACUUGAACCUAGUUUGCGAAAGAGAGUAGAAGAUCAGCAAUCCAAAAUGCAUCGCAGUACUACAGAUCGUAAUUUCGAUAUUGGUGAUUGUGUUACGAUCAGAGAUUAUCGUAGUGGUCGAGAUACUUGGAUUCCAGGCAAAAUAAACAUGAAAACUGGUCCUGUUUCGUAUCGUGUAGAGAUUGCGCCGGGUGUCAGCUGGCGUCGGCAUGCAGACCAGAUUCGAAGGUCAGAACUUGUACCUGAACCAGAUCGUGUGGUACAAGACUCUAGUUACUUACCAUUGUCAGAUAGUGUAAAUAGUCGUUCAUCAGCUAGUAAGUCAUUUUCUAGUCAGUCAACAACUAGUCAGUCAACAGCUAGUCAGUCAUCAACAAGUCCUGCGAAAGUAGAGCAAACAACUGGAAACCAGCAGCAACCCCCUGAAAAUACUGUACCUACAGAAAAGCGUUACCCAACAAGAAUUCGCAAGAAAGUUGAAAAGUUAAAUUUGUGA